AUGUCCGCAAAUUUUCACUUCUUCCCCUUGCUGCCGCCCGAGAUUCGCAUCUAUAUCUGGAAACUCUCUCUUCCCACCCACCGUGUCAUUCGCAUCACCUGUGAUCGGGGCAUUAAGCCGACUUCCCGACGCUAUGCCCGUGGCUUCCGCGCCGAUCAUCCCAAUCCCGCACAGCUAAAGGUCAACCGGGAAGCCCGCGAGGAAACCCUACGGUUGUUUGUCCCGUACUUUCGCACGGCAGUCUCGCCGCAUGCCUGCAUUUAUCUAGCACCCGAGCAGGACACCGUGCAUUUGCCGGAGGCGGUGCUGGCGUAUCUCGGUGCAGCGGAGCGCAACGCUCUUCAACGCGUGAUCAUUGAGGUUCAUGAUUUUCUACUGUUUGAGGCUUACGGGAUGGAGGAUUUGGGGUGCAUGCAGGGAUUGAAGGAGGUUGACUUGGUUGUGUCGCAGUUACCGAUGACUUCCUACCGCAUGGCAAAUCAGCAGCAACUAGAUGAUGAGUAUAUUGUUGAUGUGCUCCAAGACGCCUUUGAGGAGUAUACAAGAACUCAUCCGCAGUGGAAGAUACCUCAGGUCAGGGUUCUGUCUACUUUGGGGAAGCAGAUGGGCAGUUUCACAAUUGACCUUGGUGAUGUUGAUAUGCUAUGGCGGCAAUGA